UCCUACGUAGGUGAAGGCAAGUUGACCUGUCGUGAACUGGGGUUUGAAGUCAGAUAGUACUGCUGCUCUUCCAGCGGAAAAGGCUGUUCUGAAAGGCGACGGCGCCCCGGGUUCUGCCGGUAAUUGGCUUUUUGUAAACCAGUCCUUCAAGUUUCUAGCCGUUUCCCACCGCACCCCACCCCUCCUCGCUUCGCCCUCAGUGUGUGCGGGUACGGUGGCCGAGGAGGCUCGUGUAUAGCGGAAGAACAGGGCAGGUGGGCGUGCUCAGCGGGGCUGGAGGUGCACGUGGCGUAGGUAAAGUAAGCAUGUCUUUUCGAGGAGGAGGUCGGGGAGGCUUUAAUCGAGGUGGCGGCUUCAAUCGCGGCGGCAGCAACAACCAUUUCCGAGGCGGAGGCGGGAAUUUCAGAGGCGGCGGUGGCGGCCGAGGAGGAUUUGGACGAGGAGGUGGCCGCGGAGGCUUUAACAAGGGCCAGGACCAAGGACCUCCGGAACAUGUAGUUUUAUUAGGAGAGUUCCUGCAUCCCUGUGAAGAUGACAUAGUUUGUAAGUGUACUACAGAUGAAAAUAAGGUGCCUUAUUUCAAUGCUCCAGUUUAUUUAGAGAACAAAGAACAGAUUGGUAAAGUGGAUGAAAUAUUUGGACAACUUAGAGAUUUUUAUUUUUCUGUUAAAUUGUCAGAAAAUAUGAAGGCAUCUUCCUUUAAAAAACUGCAGAAGUUUUAUAUAGACCCAUAUAAACUGCUGCCACUGCAGAGGUUUUUACCUCGACCUCCAGGUGAGAAGGGCCCUCCAAGAGGUGGUGGCAGGGGAGGUCGAGGAGGAGGAAGAGGCGGAGGUGGCAGAGGUGGCAGAGGCGGUGGUUUCAGAGGUGGAAGAGGAGGUGGAGGCUUCAGAGGAGGAAGGGGGGGUGGUGGUUUCAGAGGGAGAGGACAUUAAGUAUAACAGUUGGCAGAGAAACUUUCUACAUGAACUACUAUGGAUCAGAAACUUGUUUCUUGAGCAAGUCUUGAAGAACUGGUCGUUUUCUGACAGUGGAAUUAAAAUGUCAAUGCCAUGCAAAAAUGAGUGCAACAGAAUAGGUGAUUUUGCUCUAGAAGAGUAUGAACAAACGUUUUAAUGUUUUGUACAAUGGAACUCUGUGGGUGCUUAAUAAAUGGGCAGUUUCCAUUUGAAGCAUACUUGGAAUUUUUAAAAUAAAAUGUUUUAUUUCUUUAA